AUGAGCUGGCGACACUUUAUCACCACCCCCACGACCCAGAAUGAAUCGUCUGCUUCCCUGCGUCAGCCCCACCUCCGCCCAAGCAACGUUGACGGUGUCACUGCCACUCCGGCCUCCGCGCUUGCUCCGCUCGAUGAACAUAACAUCGCACUUCUCGACAAGGUGCACCCUCCGCAGUGGUCAAACCCCAACGCCAAGCCUCUCUACGAUCUAGUGGUGAUUGGCGCGGGGGCUGGCGGUCUCGUCACCUCGGCCGCUGCCUCGGGCGUUGGCGCGAAAGUCGCCCUGAUCGAAAAGCACCUCAUGGGUACCCCGACCGUAGGUGGAGACUGCCUCAAUGUGGGUUGUGUCCCGAGCAAGGCCCUGCUGAAGGCAGCCAAGACCGCGCACACUCUGCGCAAGGCCAUUGAUGAUGAAGCAGAGCUGGGUGUUUCCUUGGAAGGUUCUGUCAAGGUCGACUUUGAAAAGGUUAUGCUCCGGGUCCGUCGACUUCGUGCGGAGAUUGCCGAUGCGGACUCGGUGUCUCGCUUUGCCGACAAACUGGGUGUCGACGUCUUUCUGGGAGCAGGCCAGUUUGUGGAUAGGAACACGGUUGUCGUCAACGGGCAGGAGCUGCGCUUCAUCAAGUGUGUCAUUGCCACGGGUGGCUCACCCGCGCUGCCAGACAUUCCUGGCCUGCAAGCUGCCUAUGCCAAUCAAACACAGUCCCAGCCUGUGAUCCUGACCAAUGAGAACCUCUUCAACCGCACGGUGCUGCCCCCGCGCCUCGCUGUCAUCGGCGCGGGCGCUAUUGGUAUGGAAAUGGCACAAGCAUUUGAGCGCUUGGGUUCCAAAGUCACGGUCUUGGCUCGAUCGGGGCGCAUUCUCCCCAAGGAGGACCGUGACGUAGCUGAUCUGAUCCAAACCUGCCUGCACAAGGAGGGUAUUGACUUUCAGCUGGACGUCGCCAAAUACACGAAUGUGGUGGCAACCGAGGACGUGGUCACCUUGAGCUUCAGCACCCAUGGUGGUGUGCAGCAGCAGCUGGAGGUAGAUGCCGUCCUUGUUGCUGCGGGCCGUCGCCCCAACGUCGGGUCACUCAAUUGUGAGGCCGCCGAUGUCAAGUAUGAUGCUGUCAACGGCAUCCAGGUCAACGACCGGUUGCAGAGCAGCAAUGAUGCAAUUUUCGCCGUCGGUGAUGUCUGUUCUCGCUACCAGUUUACGCAUGCCUCUGACUUUAUGGCUCGCAUGGUGGUCCGCAAUACGCUCUUCUUUGGGGGUGACAAGUUCAGCAAUCUCCUGAUUCCGUGGAGUACCUACACCAGCCCGGAGGUGGCUCACGUCGGAGCGUACGCCGAGGACCUCGAUGCUCAGGAGGUUGCUUACGACGUCUACGAGAAACGACUCGACUCCAAUGAUCGCUGUAUCCUUGAGGGUGAAACUGAAGGCCUCAUCCGCAUCGUCUGCAAGCGGGGCUCGGAUAAAAUCAUCGGGGCUACCAUUGUUGGUCCCAACGCUGGCGAUAUGAUUAGUGAGAUCACGCUGGCCAUGCAAGCCGAGGUGGGCUUGGGUACGUUGGCCAGCGUGAUCCAUCCCUACCCAACCCGUGCUGAUGCCAUUCGUGCUCUUGGCGACCAAUAUAACCGCACGCGCCUGACGCCCAUGGUACGUCGGCUGCUUCGCGGCGUGGUCCGCUUCCACCGCACUGGCCGCUCAGCGUCAAAGUAG